UGGGAACCGCGAGCGAGCGCUGCAUGCAACGCGUGUGGAUGCGAUAGGCGUCGUCCACAGCCCACCAAGAUUCGCUGAUGAUUGUUGCAGGUGAGAGAGCAACAUUUCCUUGUCUUUCCCCAAACUCUCCCGUGCUCUCCUUGGUCUCCCUUCGACAAACGGCGAGCUGCCUUAUCGCCACCACUCACUCCAGUCCAUGACAAGCACAGCACCGUGAGCUGCUCCUUACGACAAACACCUCAGCAGCGGCGGGCAGACCAUGGCGCCCGGCCUGGUCGAACCGCAGCCAGCAGUGGAGCCUGCUGCCCAGCGAUCGCUGUCCUCCACCACCGAGCACUACGACGAUACCCUGCGAUUCUACCUCAAUGGGACCAAGGUCACGCUCGAUGAGGCCGAUCCGGAAGUGACUCUGUUGGAAUAUCUGCGAGGCGUGGGCUUGACGGGGACAAAGUUGGGCUGUGCUGAGGGAGGCUGCGGAGCCUGCACUGUUGUCGUUUCGCAGUACAAUCCAACAACGAAGAAGAUAUAUCAUGCUUCGGUCAAUGCGUGCCUCGCCCCGCUAGUCUCGGUGGACGGCAAGCAUGUCAUCACCGUUGAGGGCAUUGGCUCGGUGAAGAAGCCACAUCCUGCGCAGGAGCGGAUAGCAAAGGGCAAUGGCAGCCAGUGCGGCUUUUGUACGCCCGGCAUUGUCAUGAGCUUGUACGCUUUACUUCGUAAUAACGAACAACCGUCUGAGAUCGAGGUCGAAGAAGCAUUCGAUGGCAACCUGUGCAGGUGUACGGGCUACAGACCGAUUCUCGAUGCUGCACAAACCUUCAGCGGCACCUUAGGCUGUGCGAAAGCCCAGGUCAACGGUGGCUCAGGUUGUUGCAUGGAGAAGAAAGGCACAAAUGGUGCAGGUGGAUGCUGCAAAUCGGGUGACGCGGGCGAUGAUCAACCGAUCAAGCGCUUCACGCCUCCAGGCUUCAUCGAGUACAAUUCCAACACCGAGCUAAUAUUUCCGCCCGCACUCAAGAAACAUGAGUAUAAGCCAUUGGCUUUUGGCAACAAGAGAAAGCGUUGGUAUCGUCCAGUGACAGUUCAGCAGCUUUUGGAGAUCAAAAGUGUCUAUCCUUCGGCCAAGAUUAUCGGUGGUAGCACAGAAACACAGAUCGAGGUGAAGUUCAAGGCUAUGCAAUACACUGUGUCUGUCUUUGUGGGAGAUAUUCCAGAACUACGUCAAUACGAGUUUCACGAUGAUCAUGUUGAGAUUGGUGGCAACAUCACCCUCACCGACCUCGAACAUCUCUCACUCGAAGCAGCCGAACGUUACGGCGAAAAACGCGGCCAGCCUUUCGUAGCGAUCAACAAGCAGAUCAAAUACUUUGCCGGUCGUCAGAUUCGAAAUGUCGGAACGCCUGCGGGAAACCUCGCAACAGCAUCACCCAUUUCCGAUCUCAAUCCCGUCUUCCUUGGUACAAACGCAACGAUAGUUGCAAAGUCGCUUGACCAGACAGUUGAAAUCCCGAUGACCGAGUUCUUCAAAGCAUACAGAGUAACUGCGCUACCACCAGACGCAAUCAUUGCCAGUAUCAAAAUACCCGUGUUCCAGGAGAAAGGCGAACACAUGCGUGCCUACAAGCAAGCCAAGAGAAAGGACGACGAUAUUGCGAUUGUCAACGCCGCCUUGCGUGUCCAUCUUGACGAUGAGAACAUUGUCAAAAACUCAAGUCUGGUGUAUGGAGGCAUGGCGCCCAUCACUAUCGGCGCGAAGAAUGCAAUGGCAUAUCUAGAGGGCAAGAAAUUCGCCGACCCAGCAACGCUCGAAGGUGUCAUGAAUGCACUCGAGCAGGACUUCGAUCUUCGAUUUGGCGUGCCAGGAGGCAUGGCAACCUACCGCAAAUCACUUGCACUCGGCUUCUUUUACAAGUUCUACCACGAGGUUUUGGCUGCAUUGAAUCCGGCAGAUGCUGAGCUUGACCAAGAUUGCAUUCCCGAAAUCGAACGCGAGAUCUCCAGGGGCCAGAAGGAUCAUACUGCUGGCAAAGCUUACGAGCAAAACAUAUUGGGUAAAGAGAAGGAACAUGUUGCUGCACUGAAGCAGUCUACUGGCGAAGCUCAAUAUACUGAUGAUAUACCGGUGCAGAAGAAUGAAUUAUAUGGAUGCCUGCUGCUUAGCUCCAAGGCUCACGCGAAGAUCGUCAGCAUCGACACCUCUGCGGCGCUCGAGCUGCCAGGUGUCGUUGACUAUGUUGAUCAUCGAGAUCUUCCGAAUCCAGAGGCCAACUACUGGGGUGCUCCCAAUUGUGACGAGACAUUUUUUGCUCUAGACGAAGUAUUUACAGCCGGCCAGCCGAUAGGAAUGGUCCUAGCCACUUCGGCGAAGCGUGCUGAAGCGGGCAUGCGAGCGGUAUGGGUGGAGUACGAAGAGCUACCCGCCAUAUUCACAAUGGAGGAAGCGAUCGCUGCCAACAGCUUUUAUGAUCACUAUCACUGGAUCAAGAAUGGAGAUGUUGACAAGGCUUUCGCAGAGGCUGAUCACGUCUUCAGUGGUGUUGCUCGCAUGGGUGGCCAGGAGCAUUUCUAUCUCGAAACGAAUGCUUGUGUGGCAGUGCCGAAACCCGAAGAUGGCGAGAUGGAGAUUUUUAGCUCAACACAGAAUCCCACAGAAACACAAGCAUACGUCGCUCAGGUUACUGGAGUAGCUGCAAACAAGAUUGUGACCCGAGUCAAGCGUCUGGGAGGCGGCUUCGGUGGAAAAGAAACACGUUCAAUACAGCUCGCUGGUAUCUGUGCCACGGCAGCGAAGAAGACUGGUCGGCCUGUGCGAUGUAUGCUCAAUCGCGAUGAAGACAUCAUGACUUCCGGUCAACGGCAUCCGUUUCUAUCACAUUGGAAGAUCGCUGUCAGCAAAGAUGGCAAGCUGCAAGCGCUCGACGCCGACGUUUACAAUAAUGGUGGCUGGACGCAAGAUCUGAGUGCCGCUGUGGUCGAUCGUGCUCUGAGCCACGUUGACGGGGUGUACAACUUCCCGAAUGUCUUUGUGCGUGGGCGCAUCUGCAAGACGAAUACCGUAUCGAAUUCUGCAUUCCGAGGCUUCGGUGGACCUCAGGGCAUGUUCAUCGUCGAGACUGCCAUGGAGGAAGUGGCGGAUCGUCUGCAGAUUCCAGUCGAGAAGUUACGAGAGAUGAACAUGUACAAAGCGGGAGAGAAGACACAUUUCAGACAAGAGCUGAAAGACUGGUAUGUGCCACUAAUGUGGAAGCAAGUACGUGAAGAGUCGGAAUGGGAACGUCGCAAACAAGAAGUUGCCGCUUUCAACGAGAAGAGCAAGUGGAAGAAACGUGGACUGGCUCUCAUUCCCACCAAAUUCGGCAUCUCCUUCACUGCGCUCUUCCUCAAUCAAGCCGGUGCUCUGGUACACAUCUAUCAUGACGGCAGUGUCCUCGUGGCACAUGGCGGUACAGAAAUGGGUCAAGGUCUACACACAAAGAUGACCAUGAUCGCCGCGGAAGCUCUGGGCGUACCUCUAGACAACGUCUUCAUCUCCGAGACAGCCACCAACACCGUCGCCAACACCUCUUCCACCGCAGCAUCAGCAUCCUCCGACCUAAACGGCUACGCCAUCUGGAACGCCUGUCAACAACUCAACUCACGCCUCGCCCCCUACCGCGAAAAAUUCGGCAAAGACGCCACAAUGAAACAACUAGCUCACGCAGCCUACUUCGACCGCGUCAACCUCUCCGCCAACGGCUUCUACAAAACCCCCGACAUCGGCUACGUCUGGGGCGACACCACCAGCGAACAAACUCACAUGUUCUUCUACUUCACUCAAGGCGUCGCAGCCGCAGAAGUCGAAAUCGACACUUUAACCGGUGAUUGGACGUGUCGAAGAGCAGAUAUCAAAAUGGAUGUUGGUCGCUCUAUUAAUCCCGCAAUCGAUUAUGGGCAAAUCGAAGGGGCUUUCGUACAAGGUAUGGGAUUAUUCACAAUUGAAGAAUCUCUAUGGCAUCGUGCCAGUGGACAGAUUUUCACGAGGGGACCUGGAGCGUAUAAGAUUCCCGGGUUUAGGGAUAUUCCGCAGGAGUUUAAUGUUAGUUUGUUGAAGGACGUGAAUUGGGAGAACCUGAGGACGAUUCAGAGGUCGAGGGGGGUGGGGGAGCCUCCGCUUUUUAUGGGUUCUGCGGUGUUCUUUGCUAUACGGGAUGCGUUGAAGGCUGCGAGGAAACAGCAUGGUUGUGAGGAGGUUUUGAGUCUGAUUAGUCCGGCGACGGUUGAGAGGAUUAGAGUGUCUUGCGCGGAUCCGAUUAUAAAGAGGGCGGAGGUUAAGCCGCAAGAGGGGGAGAAGAGUUUCUUUAUCAAUAUAUGAUGGCAAUGUACAGUGAUGAGCAUGAUUUAUGAGAACGUUCGAGACUUUUCUGCGAUUCAAA